AUGCAGGGUCUCUCAUUCACACUUAGCACUGCCACACUCUUCUUGGUCCUCUGCCUACAGCUGGGGAUCAAUGAAGGCCAGGAUAACACAAGUACUCAAAAGGCACUUAUAUUUGACCUCAAUGUUCCAGCAACAGCAGAGGAAAAUGAGGAGAUCACUGUGAAACUUCAGAUCCAAUCAGAAUACAGAGAAUGUCUGGUGGCCAAAGCUUACCUUGUAAGUAGUGAACCAAUGGAAGGUAGCUUCAAUUACAUACAGACCCGCUGUCUCUGUAAUGAUCAUCCUACCACCUUUUACUGGGAUUUUAAAGUCACAAAAACUGUAAAAUUUGCAGUAGUGGUUGACCUUGUUGAGGAAUAUGGUAUCUGCCCUGCUGAUGAGGCAGUGGUGCCUUUCAAAAGAAAACGGUACUACACUUAUCGUAUUAUAAAAGUCAAUUAA